GUUUGAAAUAAAUCAGAAACCCACCCUCAUGCUGCAGCAGCAACACCCCCCACAGUUUCAACCUUUCCGUUUUGUCUGCUUCCGCGAACAACAGGUAGGUUCUCGAUCAACAAAGCUGCCCUAUUGCAAUUUAUACACCCAUUUGAUCAAGCCAAAUGAUUCAUCCCAUACUCCACCGAUCUCCGUAUCCUUCUAGUGCGGUUCGAUGUCUCUUUGCGGUUGCAUCAUCCCAUACCUCAACGGCGCACGAGCGCCUUAGAAGAGGCUUCCACAACUCGCCCACUCGACAUAACCAGUCACAAAAGUCACCAGAGAAAUCGAUUAAAAGAAAACACCAAAACAAAACAGUCUCAAAGCCAGAGACUGGUUUAGAGACCUACGACGUAGACGACUGGUGGGAGAAGUGGUAUCCCAUUGCCCGGAAAGAGACCAAGCCCCCUCGCAUAUUCUUCAAGGAUGCCGAAGGGCGUCCCCUCUACAACCCCUACGCCGGCAAUCUGGUUUCCUGGCAGCUUCGCGAGACCGUUGACGAUUUCCUAGCCCGCACUCAAAACGUAUACAAAAACUUCAUCCGGGUCGCCAACCCCUAUGCGCCGCCACGCUGGAAGCCGGCCCGGUGGACCUACAGCAAGGCCGGCGAGGAGCGACUGAGGAUGUUCACCGAUUUCAUCAAGUUCUACGGCACCAGCGUCGAGGCCGACGGGAAGCGCGAUCUGGGCAACGUGAUAACGGAGCGGGUGGAGGUGAUGAGGAACCUCACCCGUCUGGCCGACGCCUGCGAACUAAGAAUGGGUAAGUGGUUACUCUAUGUACCGCCUGACCGGGUGGAGGAGGUCUGGAGGAAGAUCGUCACGGCCACGGUGAAAAACGAGCUGGGGUCGGAAGCGUCCCUGAGGCGCGGUGGCGUAGUCAGUAGGCCACAAUCGGAUGGCGAGCUGGUGAAGGUCUUCUCCAAAGACUUCCGGGAUAAGGCGGAGGCUGCGAGACUGCUGGAGAAGCUUGAGAAGCUUGGGGUCCUAGAUCCGAAAAAAGAGUAUUAUUACAAGUCUGAAGCUUUAUCGCAUGUGAAUCUUUAUGCCCAUAACCAAUGGGGUCUGAAGACUUCACUGGUGAGUAUUGAUAUCCAUCGAACAGUGUUGCAUUCCAGGACAUCCUGUCCAAGAUUGUUUUGCAUGGUAUCGCCCAAGAACUAACAAAACUGUGUGCCCACAGUAUACCUCGACUGAGUGCUGGGAGCUUCUAGAAGCUUUGAAGGGAGAACAGGGCGAACCGAUAUAAUGUGUGGUUAUCGAGGUAACUGUUGGACUGUUAACCCGAAGAGGCAUCGAUGGCUGGAGAUACAAGGCUGAGCGAGCGUUUAUUAAGCUAGACAGCAGUGUCAAGGGGCCUAGCUCUUCAAUGGCAGUGGGCAUGAAUAUCUGACAAUCUGAUGGGUAGUGCAUAGUGCAUUUGAUUCUUGCACAAACAAGUGGCUGGUGAUAGCUGCUCAGGUAACAUAAUAGCCCAUCCC